CAAGUAUUGUAAGCUUGCCAUUCAAAAUUUAAAAUAACAACAAUAAUGACUAAUAAAAAAUAUUUUUUAAAAAUAACGGCAAAGUAAUUUAUUUUAAAAAUAAAACAUGGUAAUUAUUAUUUAUAAGUUGUCUUAUUGUUUGCAUAUACAGUAAUGAAAUAAUAGAACAAUAUAUUAAUGAUGGAUGUGUGACACAUAUGACAGGAAGUUGAUUACAUUAACAAACGUCAGAGGGGUACUUGAUAUUUUGAAUAUGGCGUCUGAUAAAUCCUUUCUCGAUGAUUGUAUUUUGGAGAAGGGCAGCGGCCUUACACAAAUUAUAUGUUACUACUACUACAUGUAACAAUAACUAAUACUACGAUCUUCAUAUCUACGAAAAGUUAAAAUUGCGCGUGCGCGUACCGAUUCGUCGAAGAGGACGCUCGUAAACACACAUUCAACAUAAGAACAUUGUCGCGAACAGAAUAACGUUAACAUUUACUCACCGACGGGUAUAUUCACCAGCCAAUAGAUGUACGUACGGAUGUUAACAUUACACUUUGAGUUUUAUACACUGGAUACUCAUUCACUUUUAUCUUUACUAAAAGUGUUUAAUUAUUUUUUUUAUGUGUCGUGUUGUUCUCAUCUCUACAUUCUGCUCCACAAAACCUAAAUCUUACUAGUGCUGUUGUGUGUGCAUACACAACAUACAAUAUUGUUAUCAUUAUUAUUAUUAUUAUUGUCAUAAUAUUUUUACUUGUACUUAUACUCAGUACAUUUACCAGUGAAGUGAACAAGAGAUUGAGAAAGGUGAAAAAAAAGGUUGUGAGGAUAAAAAGAAAAACGGAGAAAGCUUAUGAGUACGAGAUGUGCCGCAUAAGACGCGGAGUCAUGUCUAUUAGAUAGUAAUAAGUUUUUUCCAGGCAUUAAAAACAAAUGUUUUCCGUGCGUUUGGUUAAUGCGGACAGCUAUCAGGCAACGCCAUUGCCUCAGCUGGAUCCAACAUUCUCAGAAUUUCGUGGAACUGAAAUAAAACAUGUACCUAUUGUACGUGUGUUUGGUACAACUCCUACAGGUGAAAAGACAUGUUUACACAUACAUGGGGUGUUUCCAUACCUGUACGUACCAUUCACGGGGGAUGAUAAUGCUGAUGGCCUUGCCUAUAGAAUAGCUGCAUCCUUGGAUGCAGCGAUCAAUAUAUCCCUAGGAUCGGCGAACUCAAACACACAGCAUGUCUAUCAAGUACAUCGAGUUGCUGGAAUACCAUUUUACGGUUAUCAUCGGAGAGAACAUCAAUUCUUCAAAGUAUCUUUUUAUAAUCCAGCGAUAAUGAAGAAAGCUAUCGAUUUGCUACAAAAUGGAUCGGUGUUGAAUCAAAGUUUUCAACCACACGAGGCCCACAUACCGUUUAUCCUUCAAUUCAUGAUGGAUUACAAUUUACACGGAAUGAGUAUGAUCAAUUUAUCAAGUGUGAAAUAUCGUCGGCGCAUUACGGAAUCUCAUUCGGAGUUUAAAUCAUCAAAUGCUACUAGUAGUAACAGUAAUAGUGGUGGCGGUGUUUGUGGUGGUAUAAUUACGCCGGUCGAUGAACUUGAUUAUCUUCCACCGUGUGUUGAACGACAAAGUAUUUGUGAAUUAGAGGUAGACGCUUUAGUAUCAGAUAUCUUAAAUAGACAAGACUUGGAACGGGGAAUUGAGUUGAAUCCAGGACUUGCGGCAAUUUGGGAAGAAGAACGUGCUAGAAGAGCACAAGCUGGCCUUGCCUGUGAAGAUUCUCAACUUGUCAACCCAAAAAGUCCAGCCCGGCCACCUUAUUGUCUCACAGACAAUGAUUUGUAUCAACAGCAAAGAUUCAAUCGCCGACUUUAUAUGGUAUCGCAGUGUGAUGAAAGUACACUUUCAUCCGCGUCCUCGCCUUCGUCCUCGUACUCUUCUCCUCGUUUAAAUCAAUCCUCAUAUCCGAUUGAAACACAGGACGACGAUCAACUGAUGAAUGCCUCUAAUUUACCGAGUUUAAAUUCGCAAAAUUUAAAUUUGACUCAGCAUAUAAACGAAACUUCAUGUCUCAAUGCUACCAAACUUUCACAAGAAUCUAAAACUUCUCAAUUAACUAACGAAACCAGUAUUUUGGAUUCUGAAGACAUACCAUUGAUUGAAAUACUUAUGGAUCUAGCGCGUGACUCUGAGAAACGCGAAUCUGUGGACAAUGACAGUAUUCUUGGUACCCAAACUUCGGCCUUUGAUAAUGAUGAAAUAAAGAGUGAUAACGAAGAUGACGAUGUUAUUGAUUUCAACCUGACGUGUUUGGAUAUCGAUUCCAUGAGUCCAUGGGACUCAAACCCCGACAAGUCACCUAGUCAACUUGUUCCUGUUAAUAAUAUAGAGUUAAUUAAUAAUAAUAUUAACAAUAACAAUAAUAAUAACAAUACCGCUUCUAUUAAUGUAACUCAAACAACAAGUAUUAAUAGACCUAUUAUCGGGUCCGAUAGAACGGACGCCGAGAGUCUAAACUCGGAUGAAUCUCAGCUACCGCAAUUGGAUGGUGCUGGUGAUCUAUUGAGCUUUCUCGAGUCUGAGGAGGAUGAAAAUAUUAUCAAGUAUGAUCAUCAAGUUAAACGUAUACCGGAAUAUCAAGCUCCAAUUUCAACAGCGGAUUAUAACAACAGAGUACGUGUAUUUAACACAGAUUUACCUUGUAAUGAUGAUGAAGCAUUUAUAAUGGAAGAGGGUACUUCAUCAUCAAAUUGUUCACCAAUGUCACAACAAGAUGCAUGGUCCUUUUACUUACCAACUGAUGCUGACAAUAUUGACGAGUUUGUAAAUAUGAAUUUUGAAUUAUUGGGAUCUGAAUUUGGUUCUGAUUAUGAAAAUGCAUUGGGUUUAAAUGCACUACUUGAAGGUGAUGAUGAUGAUGAUACGUCCAUAGGUGUUAAUUUAGUUGUUGGUAAUGAUAAUAAUGAGUGUUUACCAUUAGAAACAGUGUUAAAUGGUGAUCCUUGUUUUACACAAACUGCUGAAAUGGAUAAAUCUGAUUUAACGGAACUUAAAGAUCAAUAUGAUAGUUUACUAGGCAGUGAACUUGUACCAAUAGCUUAUCAAAAUUUUCGUGACAGUGAUAGUGUUGAUAAUCAUAAUGCGCGAUUAGAUAAUAACGAAAAGUGUGGUCAAGUGAACUCAAACACACCGAGUCAACAAUUAAAUACCUCAACUCAAGUACCAGCAACAGAAACAACAACAACAGCAUCCACAACAUUAUUAGCAACAAAUGACACUAGUUGCAAUUUAUCAUCAGAAAAUGUAACGCCCAACAUACAAGAACCUGAGACUAAAGUAUUGAAAAAUAAAUACGAUGACUGCAAAGAAUUUACCAGCAGGCAACUCAAUGGUGCUGAUAGUUCUGAUUAUAAUUGUAAUUUAGUUGCUAGAUGGGAGGAAUUGCAGGACUUGAAGUUUAUUCCGAAACGUGUGCUGAAGAAAAAAGGUUUUGUAAGACCGAGAAAACAAAUAUUGAGACGGCCAACGUUGAGUGAAUCAAUGAUGGCACGUAAGCGCGGUUACUUCAGACGUGGUCCAGCUAAUUUAGCUAAUAAAGUAUUUACUAGUGAUAAUAAUAUAGUAGCGCGAGUUCCUGAUAAUUUACCAAAUAAUUUAAUAGACUCUUUACCGCAAGAUGUCAAUAAAAAUAAUAAUACAACGAGAUGCAAUAGUAAUAGACAAAUAAAAGCUACAGAUCGUACUGGUACGACUGACAAAAUUAAAGUAUUUAUUGAAAAGUCUCGGAAUGUUAAAAAUUCAAAUGACAAUACUUGUCUUACUUGUACUUCUACUACUACUACUACUACAAAAACUAUUGCUACUACUACUAUUACUAAAAAUACUUGUCUUUCUGCUGUUCUCGCUUCAAGAACUACAACUAAAACUAGCUCCUUUAGGUAUGGUAUUAAAGAAAAGUCGACUAAAUCACCGUGCUCACUCGAUGAUUAUUCACCAAGUAUCCCGAGUAAUUUUUCACCGAGUGAUCUUAUUGGACAUGUAAAUACCUCAGGAGAAGUUGAAAGUUCAGGAGCGUACACUUGCAACGAUGAAAUGGGAAAUUUAUCUGGCGCGCUUGUAAAUCUAGACGAAACGUAUAAUAAUCUAUCUGAUGAAAAAAAUAAAAUUUUUGGUAAUCAACAGCCACGUUAUUUAUCUUAUUAUUCAUCAGAAAGUGCACACAGUGGAGUACCCUAUGGGCAAUCAAAACAUCGACACUGUCUUUAUUCAUCAUAUCGUAAUGCUUUUGUAAGGGAUUAUGUAUUUACGGUGGAUCAAGUUUGGGUUAUUGAUAAACGAAAACGUGGUACUGCACCAGCAAUAUCAACCUCAAUAUGCACUAAAGACUGUUGUCGUUUGCCAAUAGUGUUUUUAGAUAAGCUUAAUAUUGUUAUUAAUAAAUCUAAAUAUAAAGCUAAACCUAAACAUACUGUAGCGAGCCAAGAUACAUCCUCAGUUGUGAUACAAGACAUUGAUAUUGUUAAUUCCACUUGUGACAGUAGUGAAAUUGACAUGACCAAUGAUAAUAAUUGUAAUAUUAUUAAAAAUAUAGAUAAAAUUAAUUCGCCAGCUCAAUUAGUUAAUUUAUAUAAUAAUAAUAAUAAUAAUAAUAAUAAUAAUAAUAAUAAUAAUUGUGAGAAUGAAAAUGUAGUUAAAAUAAAUAAAAAUAUUUAUGAUAAUAAUGCUAAAAAUAAUAAAAAAAGUAAUAUUUUAUUAUUAAAUAAUAAUAAUAAUAAUCCAAGUGGAUAUGAUUCAACGUCAACACAAUCAUCACAAAUAUCAUCGACACAAAACCACGAUCAGCUUACAGAUAAUAACAAAAUAUCAACAACAACAAUAAAACAAGGGCUAGAACAGGAACAAAAAAAUGACGGGCCGGUUAUAAUAAAAAGAGUUUUUGAAGAGAUGUCUCAAGACGGUACUGCGAGUAAAAAGAAACGGUCAAUUAUUUUAAAAUUGGGAAACAGAAGUCACAGUACUGUUUCAAUAAAGGACGAAAAUAAAAGUAAUUUAGAUGAAAGUUUUAACGAGAACUUUGUUCAGCCGCGUGGGAUGAAAAGUAAGCGUAGAAGACUAAAGAAAAUAAAACGUUUGAAUCAAAAAGUAAUAGCCAAUGGUAUUAAUAAAAAAUCUAAGAUACACAAUGAAAAAAGUACUGAUCUAUUUACGUCUUCGCCCUCUUCAAAGUCUUCGUCAUCAAUAAUACAUAAGCCGCGUUUACGUAGUCAAGUUAGUAAUACAGAAAAUACUACUACUACUUCAUCAACUACAAUAAUUGAUAAUGAAUUGACAGAUAUUUGUUCUAUUACUAAUGGGCAAUUAAAUUUAAUUUCAUCAUCCCAGUCAGAAUCAAUGCAACAACCUAAACGACCAGAAAUUUGGUGUUCAAUUAGUAGAAAAAAUAUUGAUUUAAGAUUUUUAACCGCCAAGUCGAUAACAUCUGAAGCUGAUGAUGAUGAAGAUAUUGAUAGGAAAAUUCCAGUUAUACGAGCAAAGCCUAUAGUUAUACGACAUGUCGAGACACUUCCAAAAACGUACAAAAUAAAAAUAUAUUCUGCACCAGUUAGUUCUGUUAAAUCAGUGUGUGAGCCUGAAGUCGAUACGACAUCGCCCGAAGUAGCGGAAGAUUCGUUGAUUAAUAAUAAUAAUAAUAAUAAUAAUAAUAAUAAUAAUAAUAAUAAUAAUAAUAAUAAUAAUAAUAAUAAAAAUAAUAAUAUUAUUCAUGAUAAAAGUGUAAUUUCGAAUACGACAGAAGUACAACAAUUCAGUGAGUUUGAUACGACACUUGAUGUACAUUUAUGCGAUUCAAUUUACAAGGACAAUGACGAUGUUGCAGCAGUUACUAAUGAGAUAUUUGAUACAGCCGCCGGUGGCAUUGUCGAAGAGGAAAGAAUAUCGUUGGCUGAUUGUACAGAAAAUUCAACCGAUGAAUCAGAACUAUAUACUAAUGCUAUCGCAGAAGCUAAUUUUUAUGCUAGUAAGAAUUAUACUAUCGAUGCAAUCAGUCAAGAAAUACCGCAAUGUCUAUUUGAAGAGGAUUCUAACUCGGAAAGUUCACAAAAGAAAUCAUUGGAGACGAUAACUGAAAGUUCAAUGGCUGAAAUAUCUGUUGGAAUAUCUCCUUCCGCUCAUAUUCCUCCUUUUACUUCUCAUUCACCAGAAACACCAGCUGAGCCUGAUAAAGUUUUAGAUAAUAAUUUGAUAAACGAUCAAUUUAAUGAUUUAAAUGAUACUAUAUCUACAUUAACGGCUAUCACGGAACCGGAUAAAGUUGAACAAGAUAUAAAAAGUCUGGGUGAUACAUUAAAGUUAAAUGAAUUUGUACCGACGCCCAAUUCAUUUAACUCAAUCAACACUGGAAAAUUCAAUACUAGAGAUCAUACGUCAAAUGAGUGCAAUUAUGUAUCAUCAUCGUCUUCUUCUUCUUCGUCCUCGUUGUCGCCAUCGUCGUCGUCUUUGUCAGCAUUUGAAUUUGCCACGUCCGCAAUGCUAAAUAAUUUACCUAGCGCAGAACAAUUGAAUUUAGAAGAUUACUUUGAUGAAGAACAAAUUAUUCAAAUGAUAAAUUCCGUUCUCAUAUUAAAUGAUAUUAAUCUUGAUGAUGCACUCAAUAAUCAAUCAUUAUCAUCAUCUUUACCGUCAUCAAUAGAUUAUCGGUCUUCUGUGGAUAAUAUUAAUACAGUUGAAGAUGACAAAGCAGUAUCAAAAUCUAAGUACUCACCCAAUAAAAUUUCCAUUAUACGAAGAAUCUAUAAGAACAAAGUACCACACAAAGGAACCAAUAAAAUAAUUAAAAAUAAUAAUGAAAGCAUUGGAGCUGAUAAUAAUUAUGAUGGUAAUGAUAAAAAUAUUUUAUUAGAUUCAAAACAAUUUAUUAAUUUAUCGAAAAUUGAGGCUGAGCUUCCUGAUAAUCCGGUUAUAAUUAAACCUGAUAAUGAAAUUGAUGAUAAAUUUAAUGAACAAGUUAUGAAAAUCGAUGAUAAUGACGAUGACAACAUCAACGAUGCUGGUGUUAAUCAAGAAGAAUCAGAAAAAGAAAUGGAAUUUGUAACAAGUAAUUCGAAAAAUAAAGUAAAAACGUACGAAAACAACUUAAGUGAUAAUAAAGAAUCAGAAAAUGAAAUUAUCUCGGAUUGUGUUAUGACUCAACAUAAGAAUCUUAAAAUGUCUAUCGAAAAUAGUGAGAUAAAUAAUUCAAAUAAUUUGCUCAUGAAUAUUAAUGAUGGUAAUGUUAAUAAUUCAGUUAAAAUAUUAAACGAAAAUGACAAACAAUCAAAUAAAUCUAUUGAAAGUGUUAUUGAUAAUGAUAGUUACGUAAAAAUUGAUUUAGAGGUAAUUAAAAUAAUGGAUAAUAUUAUAGUAACUAUUGAAAAAUCAAUAAAUGCAAUCAGUAAUUACGAAGAUAAAAGUAUUAAUUCUGUACCUAUAUUAAAUUCCAUUGUUGACAAUAAUUCAAUAGUAGAUGAUAAAGGUGAAGAUGCUGAUGCUAAAACUGAAGCUAAAGCUGAGGCUGACAAACAAAGCGAUUAUUUAUCUCAGUCAAAUGAAAUAUCAACGACUGUUGGAGACAAUAACACCCACAGUCAUAAAGUCGAAGCAAUCAGAAAUACCAGCGAUAAUAAUACUGACAAAUGUAAUUCAAACAAUGAAAAUGUUUUAUUAACUUUGGAAACUGAUGACAGUGAUGAAAAAAAAGAUACUGAAUUGAUAAAUGAAAAAACGUACGUUAACUUACUCGAGCCAGAAAUCAAAGAUAAAAUCACAACUAGUGGUACUGUUACAACUACUGCUGCUGCCGGUUCUUAUUGCGAAGUACUUGAAGUAAAUGAGAAAGUUAAAUCGUCUGUUGAGACAUCUACGUUUGAAUCUACUUCUAUUGCUACUGAUAAUCACUGUUCUAAUGAACAAGAAAUAAAAUCUAGCUUAAAAGAAGAUUCACCUCAAGUACUGUUUAAUAGUGAAAAAGAAAAUUUAAGUGAUAAUCAUGAGUGUUUAAAUUCAAGUAAUUCGAUCUUUAGGAGAGAUAAAGAUUUAGAAAAAAAACAUGAACUAGAAGAUCAAUCAAAUAUUGAUACUGUAGAAUCGGAAAUUAUAAAAGAUUACAGUGAUGAUUUAAGUGUAAAAAAUAUUUCUAAGGAAUCAGUGCAUCGGUGCCGUGAAUUAUCUGUUCGUUUGAUUCGUAUCAAUUUGAACGGAUUUAAUCAAUAUUUGAAUAAUAAUAGUAGUAGUAAUGGUAAUGGUAAUGGUAAUUGUAAUAAAAAGAAAGAUGAUUCAAGUGUAGCUGAUUUAGAAUCUGCUAGCGAAGCUAGUAAUACGAAUUCAACGAAACAAAAAUUACAAAAUUCAUCAGGAGUUAAAAAAUGUGUUAGAUUUGAUGAUCAGGUAUUUAUAUUCGAGACAAAUACACGAGUACCUCUAAUAAAUUUUGAUGAGAAGAGUGAAGAAGAGGAAGAGCAAAGAGAGGGUGACGGCGAGGGUGACGAGGGUGCGGGUGAAACAGAGGGUGAGUGUGAUGAAGAGGAGCCGGAGGUGGUAUUGGAUGAGGAAGAGGAAGAGGCAGAACCAGAGGCAGAGGUAGAAGCAGAAGUUGAGGUGGAGGUAGAAGUUGAGACUGAGGCAGGGGCAGAGGUUGAGGCAGAAGCAGAAGCAGGGGUAGAGGUAGAAGUAGAAAUAGCAGAAGAAGAAAAAAAACUUGGGGUUGAAAAUCAAGAAUUAGAAAAAGAGCAAGUUGAAAGAGUAAAAGAUGUUGAAAAACAAGAUAAUAAAAAAAUAAUAGAUAAAGAAGAACUAUCUAGUGUGGUUGUAAAAAGAGGUGAUAUAAUAGAGUGCAAUAAAUCAAUUGGUAAUAAAAAUGACAAUGAAACAAAACUUAAUGGGGUAUUAAUAAAUAGCAAUAGUCCCAAUAAAAACUACGAUGAUGAGAUAAUAGUUAUAUCGGAUAGUGAUGAAUCAUCAAGUGAAAAUGAUGUCAUAUUUGUUUCAGAGGAAAAAUUACAUCCGAAAUUUUCCGAUAAAUUUAAUAAAAAAAAACUAAAUAAAAUAAUUGAAAAAAAUGAUAUUUUGAAUUGUAAUAAUGCGGAUAUAGAUAAUUUAUUUCACGUAAACGGUGUGAUAAGAAAUAAAAAUGAGACAUCAAAUGAUAAAAGAAAUAAGAAAUAUUCAAAGACCACGUUUAAAGAUAUAAACCCAAUUAAAGAUGUCCCAAGGAUAAGAUCAUCUAAUCCUCCUCCUCCUCUUACCACUACUACUACUACUACUACUACUACUACUACUACUACUACUACUACUACUACUGCUACUACUACUUCUACAACUUUUACUUCAAGUGCUGAUACUACUUCUGCCGGUGCUCCUGCUGCUGUUAUUCCUGCUACUGUUGCUACUUUAGCUACUAAAAAAUCGGGAAAACGAGUUAAAGAGUUGGCAACGAAAUUCACUUCUGUAUCAGGACAAAAUAGUAGUAAAUCAACAAAAACCGAAUUUAACCGUGACAUUAAAGAGCAGCAACAGUUUUCUUUGGACAAUAUCCAGGAAAUGGAAAGUAAGUUAGAUAAGAACCUAAAGGAUGUUACAGUUCAAGAUGAAUCUACAAUACCAGUUGAUAAGAAUAUAAAAGAAAAAUCUCGUUUAGUUGAAGAACUUUUUAUAAAAUUCACUGAGAAAGAAUCAUCUCGAUCUUUUGAAUCAACAUGCAAACGUAAACGGAAUAAUAAUAAUUUACCAAAGCAAUCCUAUUUAAAUUCAAAUAAUAUUAUUAAAAAUAACAGUAUUGUUUAUUCUUCUGAACAGCCACUACCAUUACCAUCAUCAUCUUCAUCCUCCUCCUCAUCAUUAACAACAUCAAUGCGAGAGAUUAGUCAGCAGAGCUCCGAUGACAAUCGAUUAAUUCGAACGUACAGAAUGUUAACAAGUUAUCGUAAUAAAAUUCAUACACUUAGUAUUGAUCAGCGUAUGGUAUUUACCCGCGUGGCAGUCAGUGAUCAAGAAUUUAUCAGUAAACAGGCCAAAGAAAAAUUCCUCGAGGGUAUUGGAUUGUAUCCGUUGAAACCACAAGGAUGCGGGUGGAAACCACCUCACAUUACGACCGGGUUCAUGCAAUUACAACAACCACGUGUUAUACUACAACGACUUACGCCCAGUGUACUUAAAUACUACGGUUACACGCGUCGUUUUAAAAGUAAUAGAUUUGGGAAACGUUUCAAGACCGACGUAAAUAAUCGAUUUACGAUACCGGCGUACGAUGGUGCUGCGGAUUUGAGCUCCAGUGAUUCUGAAUCGGAUACGGAUAUAACUCUUGAAUCCCGGGAAAAACGUGUUUGUGACUAUAAACACAGAAAACACAUUGAACGCGAGGCAAUAGUAACUCCUCGUAAACGUAAAAACAUCAGCAGCGAUGAGGAAGAAAAUAGUAGAGAUAGAGUUAAUGCGGAAGGAAGGGAUUUAUGUGAACGAGUUCAAGAACGUUCAUUAAAUAGACGUACACCUAAACGUGUUGUACCAUCCACCGCUACUAAAAAAUCUUACCAUUCACCUAGUAGGACAAGUAUGUUAAAGAGUUCGGGUUUGUCUGGUAAUUACACACCGUUGAAAAUAAUUAUCACGUCUCCUAAAGUACAGAAAGUCGCAGAAACUUAUCCUGAUCAGUCACGGAUUGAUAAUCGUCCGGAUUACGCUGGUAAUGAGAAUACCAGCUGCGUCACGCCAAGAAGACCAAGGAGAUUACUUCCUUCCACUGCGACAUCCACCAAACGUCAAGUUCCAGAAGACAGUUCUCAAGUGGUGACGGCAAAUGUUAAACAACAACAGUCGGGUGAGUUGGUAAUAUUAAACCCUAUUCCCAGUACCAGUUUUGGUAAUGAAUGCAUUGCUACAGCUUCAAAUGAUAAUUAUUGUUAUGUUGAAAAAUAUAAUUAUGAUGUAUCAGCAAGUGUUAAAGACAACACAUCAAAUAUACGAAAAAAUUUAUUUUUUUCAACUGAGGAGGACAAUCGACUCGAUAAAACUUUGUGUAAUGAAGAUGAUGAUAUAAAUAAUGAAAAUAAGGGUGAAAAAUUAAAUAAAGAAGAUGAUCAAAUGCUCAAUAAUGAAUUAGAAAAAUCUAGUGAUGAUGAUACUGUGAUAUUUGAGCAAUCAAAUGAUAAUUUUCAACUUAACUUUUCACCUUUAUCACAGCCUGAUGUUAAUAAUGAUGAUAAUGAAAAUGAUAUUGAUGAUGAUGAUAUAUGUAAUGUUACAUUCACACAAUACUUGAGCUCCCAACUUACUAGACAAACAAAUCAAUCAUUGAGUCAAGAAAAUAAAAAUCUGUCUAACUCACAACUCCCAGUGAAAAUAAUUCCAAAAUUAAAACCGCCGUCUGUUGGAAGAAUAAUCGACACAAUGGAAUUAUAUAGUAUACCAAAGUGUCGUAACUUGCAGCCGUUUUUUAGUAAUCAAUCAGAUGCGCCAGGUCACAAAGAGCUUGCUCACAGAUUAUUAAAAGUACCUGGUAAAGGAUUAGCCGAUUUAUCAUAUUUUAAAUCAAGUCUUGAUAAUAUUACGGGUAUUAAUCGCUGGCGUAGAAUGAAAAUAAAUGAAUUUAAUUCAUCAUCACGUGGAGUUUUAAAAUCAUGUAAUAUAAAACAAAAUCUUGCUGGACAUUCAUCUGUGGUUAUUACACCUUUAAUUUUACCUCCUUCGUUGACAAGUGUGAUAAAGUGGGUCAGGGCACGGGAUUAUUUUAUUAAUAAAAGUAAAAAAGUUGAAAGAAAAGAUGAUAACAAGAAUGAAGGAAAAGAAGAAACAGUUAGAGUGGUUAUUGAAGCACUAGAGCUAGAUAAAAUAUACGACAAUCCGUUAGUUGAAUCAGAGCAACGUUCAAAUAUUAAUUCAAGUAUUCUUGAAACAACGACAGAAAAUAUUAUAAAUUCAAAUUCACCAAAGGCUUCCUUCGCUUCUUCUUCUUGCUCUACUGUAUAUAGUUCAAGUGCUGUUGAAAAAUAUCAGAGUUCAGGGGAUAAAAAAUUAUUAAUACAACAGAAUCAUAACGAAAAUUCUAAUAAUACCGUCGGUGACAGCCUCGACGAUUAUAUUGAUCCGUCUUUAUUAAGUAUACUCGGUAAAUCGAAAUUGUUUAAAGAGAGUGAACAGUCGAAACAUUUUGGAAUUUCAUGCGGACAAAUUGAAUGUUUAACGCAUUCAGACAGAAGUAAUGUGGAGAAUGAGAAUAGACAGAAAGCGAAAGCCCUGACGAGGUAUCAAUUUAUAACAAUGUUAUGUGUAGAAGUACAUGUCGUAACUCGUGAUGAUUUAUUACCAGAUCCACAACAUGAUUCUAUUUCUGCGUUAUUUUAUGCUGUACAGAGUGACGUACCACCAACCUCUUCAAUUAAAUCACUUGAACACGGUUUUAUAGCAGUUGGAACAGAAGGAAAAAAUAACUACGGCUAUGACUACGGAUCAAAUUUGCCUUUUACCACGACAUUCGUAUCAAAUGAAGUUGAAUUAUACAAAGCAUUUAUAAACUUAGUAACACGUAUCGAUCCUGAAAUAUUUAUCGGUUGGGAAAUAGAAUCAUUAUCAUGGGGUUACAUAUUUAAACGAGCAUCACGACUUGGAAUUGAUUUAGCUAAACGAAUUUCUCGUAUCCCAAGCGUACAAUGUAAGUGGGAAUCUCAACCGGCGGAUCUUAAUACAUUAGCGGAUGUUAAAUUACCGGGUCGUAUUGUCCUCGACAUUUGGCGUAUUAUGAGAGGUGAAAUAGCACUGCUUACGUAUACGUUUGAAAAUGUUAUGUAUAGUGUGAUGAAUGAGAGACUUCCCUGUCCGUCCUUUAAAGUAUUAUCUAACUGGUGGAUUGAGCCGCCGUCGCCACAAAAGCAAGAGCAGGAGCAAGAGCAAGAGAAGGAGCAAGAGAAAACGCAGAAGCAGAAACAGAGGCAGAACCCAAGAUCACGUUGGAAAGUUGUUCAACAUUACAGUGUUAAAGUUUUAGGUAUCUUGAGGAUUCUCGAACAACUUGACAUUAUUGGACGAACAAGUGAGCAUGCUCGGCUUUUUGGAAUCCAAUUUUACGAAGUUUUUUCUCGUGGUUCGCAGUACCGAGUUGAAUCAAUAAUGUUACGGCUUGCAAAGCCACUCAAUUACAUUCCGGUAUCUCCUUCACCACUGCAAAGAGCAUCUAUGAGAGCUAUGGAGGCACUUCCACUAAUAAUGGAGCCAGAGGCGAUGUUUUACAGUGAUCCACUUAUCGUACUUGACUUUCAAAGUUUAUAUCCAAGCAUCAUUAUUGCCCACAAUUAUUGCUUUUCUACAUGUUUAGGGCGUAUUGAAAAUAUUGGCCAACCUGAUCCUUAUAAAUUCGGUGCUUACUUGCUACGCGUACCAAAAAAUACAGCUAUUAAAUUACAGGGUAAAGUUAAUUAUGCCCCUUGUGGUGUGGCUUAUGUUAAACCAGAAAUACGUAUGGGUAUUUUACCAAGAAUGCUUACGGAAAUUUUAGAAACGAGAUUGAUGGUUAAAAAAGCUAUGAAAGAUUAUUCUAAAGAUGAUAAAUUAUUACAACGAGUUUUGCAUUCCCGUCAACACGGACUUAAAUACCUCGCUAAUGUUACUUACGGCUACACAGCUGCUAAUUUCAGCGGCAGAAUGCCGUGUAUUGAGCUUGGAGAUAGUGUUAUUAGUAAAGCUAAAGAAACUCUUGAACGCGCAAUAAAGCUUGUAGAAUCAACUCCCAAGUGGGGUGCACGCGUUGUUUACGGAGAUACCGAUUCGCUUUUUAUCCUUGUGCCUGGUAAAUCUAAAGACGACGCUUUUAUUAUUGGCAACGAAAUCGCUGACGCUGUUACUGCAUCUAAUCUUAAGCCGAUCAAACUUAAAUUUGAAAAAGUUUUACAUCCAGCAAUAUUACAAACUAAAAAACGUUACUGCGGUUAUAUGUACGAGACUCAGGAUCAAAAAGAACCAACGUAUUUGGCAAAAGGAAUCGAGACUGUGAGAAGAGACGGCUGUCCAGCCGUUUCAAAGAUAUUGGAAAAAUCUUUAAGAAUACUUUUCGAUACAAAAGACAUGUCAUUAGUAAAACAAUACGUAACAAGACAACUGGACAAAGUAUUAAAUGGAAGAGUAUCACUUCAAGAUUUAACAUUUGCCAAAGAAUUUCGUGGUUUGCGUGGGUACAAAGAGAAAGCAUGUGUACCAGCGCUUGAACUAACACGCAGACUAAUGAAAAAAGAUCCACGAGCGUUACCGCGUCAUGGUGAGCGUGUACGUUAUGUUAUUGUUGCUGGUCCACCAAAUCAAGCAUUAAUUCAUUGCGUGCGUUCACCGUGGGAGGUUAUUAAUGAUCCUGGACUGCGACCAAAUGGUACGUACUAUGUUACAAGAGUGAUAAUACCACCGCUUAAUAGAUGUUUAAAUCUUAUGGGUGUUGACGUAAAUACUUGGUACCGUGAAAUGCCCCAUCGUUAUAUUUUAAAUAAUCCAACAGCUGUACCAAGUGACAAACAAAAACAAACUAUAUUUCAAUACUUCGGUAAUAUUGUUUGUAUGUGUUGUGGUCGCGCAUCUUAUAAAAAUAUUUGUGAUGAUUGUACGUCAAAUUCAACAGAAACAAUUAUUGUUUUACACGAAAAAUUAAGGUGGCUAGAAAGAAUAAAUGAUAAUGUCACAGCUAUUUGUCAGUCUUGUAUUGGACGCGAUAGCAAUGUUGCUGACUGUAUAUCAUUGGAUUGUCCUGUCCUUUAUCGUCGUGCUCAAGCAUCUAGAGAAUUAACUCAAGGAAUUCAAUUAAAAACAAUUAUUAGAGAAACAAGUAAUAUAUCAUUUUAAUUAACGAAAAUAAUAUUUAUAUUUUAAAUAUAAUCAAAAUUAUUUAUUAUUUUAUUGUUAAUUAUAUUUAACGUCUUUAAAUGUGUGCUUCCCGAACAUUAAAGCGGCAAAAUUAUUCGUUUUAAGUCAUUCCAAAGUCAUUUAUUUUUUUAAGCUCGUCUACAUAUUUAUUAAUGACUUUCUAUUUAUUUAUAAUCCAAAAAAUAAAUUUAUUCAUUUUUUUUUUUUUUUUUUUUUUUUUAAUUUUAUUUAAUUAUUCAUUGGAAAAAAAAUUUGAGAGACAACGUGACGAUAAAUAUGUCAAUGAUCGGACAAAAGAUUUUUUAGAUCAACAUAUAUAGUAUUAUUUUGGAUAAAUCAAAAUUUUUAUAAUAAUAAUAAUGUCAAUAUAUAAUUCAAUCAGACCUCACCCAAUAUAUCUUUCAUAUUUUAUAAUUACUAAAUUUAAACGUAACACAACAUAUAUAAGAUAUAUAUAUACACACAAAUAUAUAUAUUUUUUAAUAGUCGGAAAAAUAUCCUCUUAUAAUCUUCCUGAUUUACAAUUUUACUUAAAUUUAUUUUCAAUAUAAUUAUUAAUUAAUUUAUUGCUUUUUU